AUGGAAAAUAUAGAAGACAAAGAUGAAAAAUUGACAACUUUUGAUUUAGCUCAUAAACAGCAUGUAAAAUAUUUUCAAAGAUUUUUACAUUUUAGUCCAGCAUAUACAUCUUAUCAAGAUUGUUCCAGACUUUACUUAGCUUUCCUAGCUAUUUCAGGUUUAGAUUUAUUAAAUGCUUUAGAUACAAUUUCUAAUGAAGAUAAAUUACAUAUCAUUGAGUGGGUAUAUGGAUUACAAAUUUUACCAAAGGGUUCUUAUUCUAUAGAUAGAUGUGGAUUUCAGGGAUCAUAUACACAUAUAAUUAAAGGAGUUGACCAUGGCUAUGAAAAGGGACAUAUUGUUAUGACAUAUACAGGCUUGGCAAUUCUCAUUAUUUUAGGAGAUGACUUAUCUAAAGUUAAUAAAGAAGCCGUUCUUGGAGGUUUAAAAGCUUUGCAAUUGGAAAAUGGAAGUUUUUGCGCUGCAAAUCAUGAAGAAUCAGAUAUGAGAUUUGUUUACUGUGCAGCAUGCAUAUCAUAUUUUUUAAAUGAUUUUAAAGCUCUAGAUUUAAUUAAAUUAAGAAAGUUUAUAACAUCAAGUAUAAAUUAUGAUGGCGGAAUAGGACAGGGUCCAGAAUUGGAAAGUCAUGGAGGAAGUACUUUUUGCGCAGUAGCUGCUUCACAUCUAUGUGGUCUUUUAAAUGAAAUUUUUAGCGAAAAACAAAUAGCACAAUUGAUUAGGUGGUGUGUUAAUAGACAAGUUUCAGGAUUUCAAGGAAGACCUAAUAAACUUGUAGACACAUGUUAUUCAUUUUGGUUGGGUGGUGCGCUUCAUUUAUUAAAUGCAUUAGAUAAAAUUGAUAUGAAAAGUAAUAGAGAAUAUAUUUUGUCAACUCAAGAUGAUAUACUUGGGGGUUUUGCUAAAGGACCAAAUAUUUACACGGACCCGUUGCAUACUUAUUUAGGAUUAUGUGGAUUAAGUUUAAUGAAUGAAGAGUCAUUGCUGCAAUUAGAUCCUGCAUUAAAUAUUAGUAAACGUGCUCAUGAAUUUUUAAAAAAUCUUCACAAAACAUGGAACUCGUAG